UCUAGUCUAUCUCAUUAAACUGUGUUUGUGAGACCAUGAGAUGAUGAGUAGACAUUGAAAAUGGAAUUACCUAGACACUAUUUACCUGCCCGCACUUGUCCUCAUGUUGGAAUAGACUUGUACCAAAGGCUUUUGUUUGCUGACUAUGGGUCGUAUCAAAAUGUGAAUGUGUCUGUUGACGUAGUUGAUACAAAAGAGAUUAUUACCAGUUGGCCACAGAGGGGACAAAAAAGUAUUCAAGACUUAAAUAAAAUUUUGCCAACACUCCCAUUAUUUGAUCAACCUCUACAAGAACUAUGGAGAGAAAGGGAUAAUAUUUUGGGAGUAAAGAACUUUAAUGACACUCUGAGUUCAAUCAAACAGUUGCUCAAACUGACACGUUUAAAAAACACUGCUAUCAAGAAGAGAGAUAAGAAAUUUGAAGCUUUAAAAAAAACUUACAAACAUUCUGGUGAAUCUGCCCUAGAUUUCAGUGAUGACGUAACACUUCAGAAGAUGAUGACUCAUUACAGCGAAGUUUCUCUGGCCUAUAAUGAUAACUGUCUGAAUGGAUAUAAUAGAGAUUUUUACAAUGGUCAACUAUCUGUGAUAUCAAACAAUAGGGAUGAGGAAUAUAUUUCUUAUGUUGGAGGGCCAGAUAUGAAAGAAAUGUAUAUAACAACAGUGUCUCAAGAACCAGACAGCUGUUUGAAAACUCCCCACUUAGUAUGUCAACAGUCUGCAGAGGAGAGAAUCAACCAACUUGAAACUCGUUCUACUUGUUAUGAUGAAUUAUUUUUGGUGUGUGCAAGAGAAAAACAAAUGUGUGAACUCUUUUUGGCUGAUAUGGCUGGCAGGACAUUAGUGCCUCAAGGCUCUGUGAGAAUAUCUGAUGACUGCUGGACAUCUAUAAGUUUUAGCAAUUAUUUAGAAAAUGAACUUCUCUUGACCAGUUCCAGUGGAGAUGUGUUUCUUUGGGAUAUUUCUUCAAGUUCAGAAAAAAUUGUGUAUAAAAGUUCUCGGUUUGAUUGCCCAGAUAAGUGGAGCUGCGCAUAUUUUGCUGGUCAUCCUCGUGAGAUUGUGGUGGCUGAUAAUACUUCAGUGGAAAUAUUUGACCAUAGGUCCAAUUUUCAGAAUGGUCAAGAGUUGUUUUCACUGUCCACUAGAUUUAUUACUGUGAAUGAAAAGGUUAUGGCUGCAGGUUUUCUGGACUUUCCAUAUCAUGCGGUGGUGACAGAUUACUCACUUUUUGUAAUGGACCAGCGAUUUGGCUCUUCCCCAGUAUUUCACUGGAGUACUGAGUUUAAAGCGGCACCGCAGUAUUUACAAAUCAUAGACAAUGUCAUGUCACCAGGUAAAUUGAUAUUUCUAGCCAGUCAACAACCAGCAGAAGUUAUAUGUUUUCCUAUAGAUAUUGAUGGUGGAGACAUUCCCAAAACUAGUCUUCUGCCAUGGAAAGUUUCUGCUAUUGGAGAUUUCAGCCAGAGUGAGCAUCAUGACUAUGUCUGCGAAGUGAAUGUAGCAUCUAGGAAAUUCCAGACUUCAUUAGCUGGACUGGCUGUGACAAAGAUGUCAAAUGAAAAUGUUUUAACUGUAUAUCAGAUGGAUUCCUAUGGUGAUAUUUUUUUUCAGACUGUAAAUUUCAACCACUCUCAAACAAAGGUGAACCCAAGCUCAGAAUUAGACAGACAAUCGGCUAGGGUCAGAAUCAACGAGUGGUUGAGAAACUUAGAUAAAACCAUAAAAUCUGGUCAUGGAGAAGUCACCCCAGAUAUGAAUGUACACAAAGAGACAUUUGAUCCUGAGUUUCUGAAAGAUAUUCUUCAAACUCCAGCUUCCUUGCCACUAAAUACAGCUAGUGUACAAAUGUUGCAGCUACACAAUAAGAUCAAGCCUCUCCAUAAACUGUCCCAAAAAGGAUCUAACACACAGUUGUUGCUAGCCUUGAGGGAUGGUGCAGACAUUCAUGAAAGCUUAAAGAAAAGGGAAGAUGAUCAUGAAAAAAAGAAAAAGAAAAUGAGAAAGAAACACAUUUUGGAGCAGAAGAAAAAGACUUAUAGGAAAAGAAGAAAAGGCAAAUCCCUUUUUUCUGACUUGGCCAUUUCUUCUGACAGCAGUACAGCAGAAAACAUAGCAGCACCUGUUGGAUCAUGCAGGACAGACAAUUUUGCGUCUUCUGAUGAAGAAGGUACAUUUGAUAAUAAUUUAGUCGUUACACCCUCAGAUAGACAGCUCAGAAACAGGAAUUCCUUGGCAAACAGAAGCACAAUUUCUGUUCAACUAAGUGACCUGAUGAGUGAAAAUGAAGAUGAACUUUUUGACUCCUCAGGCUCUCUGUUUGAUGUGAACAACUUCACAGACAGUGACAGUGACUCUUCCCCGAAUCAAGCUAACCAAAAAAUGAUUGUAAAAGUGCCACGUGUCAAAUCUUCCAAAUCUGUCUCACCUGUAUGGGGGCUAUGCUCACCAAACACGCAUUUAAGUAAAAAAUUAAUAGGCACCAAAAAUUCUACCAGCACACCAAAUAAAAGAAAACCUAAGAGAAAUCACUUGGCAGCAACUAGAAAAAGACCUUGCCAAGAUCUCAACUCUUCACAUGAGGAGAUAAAUACUCAUUCAUUAGGACAAUCAAGUCCUAAAUUGUCACAGGAAGCUGAAUCUAAUCUGUUCAACCAUCAGCCUUUAAUAAAUUCUACACCUAUUUUAUCACAUAAACCACAAGAAGUGCUUGCUCUGAAUGAAGCCUCUGAUCUGAGCCAGCAAGCUGUGGACAUGUCAGACAUUUUUUCUAUAGACACACCAGUUGCAGAAAGCAUCUCCCCUAAUGGUCUUAGAGGGAAAUCUCCACAGGUUGGUCUAGAUGAAUCAUAUGUCAGCAAUUCGCAGGAUACUUACUCGAGUGGACUAGCUAGUCAGCUCACACCCUUGUUUCAACGAUUUAACUUAUCCACCGGCCCCAAUGAGCUGAAGCUGGCUGUAGAAGAUGGCUUUAGGCCUAAAACACUAUUUAAAGACAGCAGCCUUUUAAGGGCACAAAUAGUUCAGAAUGAACCAGUUCAGGGUGAGUUGGAAAUGACUCAUGUCAGUGCCACACAGGAAACAUUUUUAACUCAGAAUAGUGCAAUAUCUAAUCUAUUUACUUCUUCUUUGGGAUUAGGACUGAGCUCAGAUCUCAGUUUGAAUCAAUCUCCUAUCACUGAUUCACAAGAACUUUUUCCUGACAACUCUUCCACAACUCACAUUAGUUGCUCCCAAGGAUCGUGUCAAACAAUUCCUGACACUCAAUUUACUUUGCCAGGUUGGGACCUCAAUGUGACACACAUUAGUGCCACACAGAAUAGUACGUUGACACAUGAAUGCCAUGUGUCAUUACUCGACAAGAUGCUGACACAAUCAAUGUCCAGCUUUGGCGAUGCCUAUAAUUCUACGUCACGUUUAAGCUGUGAACCUCCAACACAGCUCCAAGAAUUCAGUGAGCCCGUGAAUGAAUAUCACGAUGUUCUGCAGUGGCUUCACGACAACCCAUCUCCCAAACAUGCAACACCGCCACUUUCAUGGGAUAGGUCAUCAGUGACCAUUCAAAACCUGAACUCAUGGGGGCCAGAGUAUAACAAUAAUAGUUGCAGAGGUCAGGACUCUGACUCGGAAUCCAUGGAAUUGGUCUGCUCUUCCUUGCCACCCAGCUUAACUAGGGUCACUUUGGCCAGUACCAGAAUGAAAUGUUUAGUGGAUCCUAACUUGGCUGGCUUCUUAAGUAGUCCUUUUAACAUUAGAAAAAGAAACACUGCUAACAAAACUAAACAAUUAAAAUAGUUGUUUCUAUUUAUUAAAUAUGUUAUUUAGCUAAAUGUCUUCAAUAUCAGUUGAUCACUUCUGUUCAAUGUAGCUUGUUCCUUUCCUGCUCAUACUGUUUACACUAAACAUUUGGCUUAGUUUAUGAGGCGUUUUAAAACCAAUUCCUCCUCCCAAAGAAUCAGUAAAUGAUUUUCUUGCCUCAGAAAUCAAAAGUUCUCUUUGUACAUCAGAACAGACAAUCAGAUUUCCAACUAAAUGAAUUAAAAUUAUUGCAACUCGGCUGUACUCACCUUUUCUGGAAUAAGGCCUCGCUCUAUCCUAAAUAGUCUAGUGAAUCUGUAACAUAGCCCAAUAAAAGGAUUGCAAAGUCAAUAUGGGGUCAUUAAGAGAUAAGAGGAACCACUGCCUAUUAAAUCAUAUGUUUAAAAAUGUGUAAUGUUACAUUUGUGCAAUGUGCUUUCUUAGUUGUUUUUUUAUUACGUUUUCUGUUAAUUACUUAUACAGUAAAAAAACAAACACCACACAAAUGAGUCAAAUACUUACCAGUAUAGUUUUACAUUAUUUUGACAAAUGACAAGACUGUUUGUAUAAAUAGUACAAACUUAUUAUAUAAAUAAUAUAUAUAAUAUCUAAGUUUUUUAUGCAUUGUUUUAAAAGUGGCGAAUUUUACGAAAACAAAAAUUGCUGCAUUUAAAAAAUUGUUCACUUUCAGAAGACAUAUUUCAAUUUAGCAAGCUAUGAAAUAUGGUGAAAUUUUUAAAUAGUUUUUUUUAGUUUUUGAGAUCUAGACAUAAAGAUUAGAUAAUGAGAAAGACUACAUCAAACUAUCUUCUUAUCUUAUAAAAUAUAGACAUUACUUUAAAAAAAGAAAAUGAUUAUGUCCUACCUGUCAUGCAUCUAGUCAUGCAUGUUAAUCAUUGACUUAAAUUCUGCCAAGUCAUUGGUUUUCCUGGCUGGCUCAGGCAACCCAUUCAAUGCUCUAAUAGCACUAGGGAAGAAUUACAAAUUAGUCCUAGCAUAUGAAACUAGGAAUGUGCCUUUAUCUAUGUGUCUUUCAGAGUAUUUUAAUAGAUUUUGUUUUUAUUAUUGAGGAUUAUGAUUCAGUGUUUCAUGUAUAAUUGCUACUUUACUUUUAAGUCUUUUAUCCUGAAGGCUUUCUAAAUUUAGUGAUUUAACUAAAGGUGUUACUCUAGUCAAAUGUGAAUAAUUGUUUGUUGUGAAUCUCACUGCUCUAUUUUGUUUCUGUCCCAGUUUCUCAAUAUUUUCUUGAGUUAAGGAAUCCCAAACAGAGGAUGCAUAUUCUAUUAUUGUCCUAACCAAGGUUAAAUAACAUUUUAGUUUUAUGUUCUUAUUUCAUUUAUAGAAAUUUCUUUUAAAAAACACUAAUGCUUUGUUUGAUUUUUUUAAUAGUUUCAUCAAUAUGGGGAUUCCAUGACAGUUUUUCAUUUAUUAUAACACCUAGGUAUUUUGCGUUUUUAGUCGGUGUUACUGGUUACCAUGAAUUAGAUAUGUGGAAUUUAUUUCUUUUAGUUACUCUUAAUAGCUGUCAUUUUUCUCUGUGGAAAGACAUGCUCCAAUUUGAUUAUCAUUUCUGUAAUUAAUCCAAUUCUCUUUGUAAAAUUUCUGUAUCUUGUGUUGUUUAUAGCAGCUUUUAUGUUGGCCACUAGCAGUGAAUUACAUUCCAAAUUGUUUUUGUGUGGUUAAAAUGUGCAUCUAUUUAUUAUUAGUAUUUAUCUUUAUGAAUUUAUGAAAAUGUAGGUUAUGAAAAUAACAAAUGUUCUAACCAACCUUUGAAGAAGACAUUCCUUGGACCAAGUGGUACAUGUAAUCUACUAGAAGAAUGUAUCUUAUUUUUUUUCUCUUAAUGUUCCAACUUUUGAAUAACUCCUCUACUUAAUUCAAUCACCUCAAGAUACAGAUCCAUGGAGCAAGUGAUGUUAAGUUACUUGGUCACUGAUUGCUAGAAUAUCUUAUGUAUCCAUUACCUUUUUGUUUUUUUUUUUCAUUUAAUUCAUGUAGUUUCCAUCAGUUUUGGGUGUAACAGAAUGUUGCCAGCCACCUUGCUCAUGUUUUAAGAAUGUAAUUAGAAGAUGUUUGAUUUCAGUGUCUUAUACAACACAAUAAAACAUUUAAAAAAAUAAAACAUGA